ACAAUGCGGAUGUAGCCCUGUCAGUUUCAGAGUGAAGCUCCCUCCCUCUGGGUAACAUCUGGGAGCAAAACAACGUCUCCCCCUUUCCAUUCCUCAUCCUGGGCGGGAGAGAGAGGAGGGAAAACACUGUUCAGCUGCAGCAACUGGAAUCCGAGGUUGUGAAUCCUGGGAGCAAGCGGACUCUGCAAAGAAUACAGAAAAGAAGAAUUUGGAAGCAGAAAUCUCAAACCAAACUUCAUGUCAGUGUCUGGCAAUGAGUUGAUUGAUCCAAAAUGUGAAUAUCGAUGGCUUUGAAAAUGGGGAGGAGAAACAGGAUCUCUCUGUUCUGUCUGCUUCGUUAGUUUUGAAACAUCAGUGUGACUGGAAAAUCCCUGAGAGUCACACAUCAAGUGAGAAUAUUCCAGAAUAGUGACUGUGGAGCAAGCUUUACCCUAUUCGGUAAGGGUGUUCUAAUUAUCAGAGGCCGAACAAGUAACACAGACCGAAGAAAGAAGCCACACCAUACAUGUGCUGUAAGUGAGGGCAAGUUUUCUACUGACCGUUGCACCUGGAGAGAGACAAGGGCACCCACACCAUGGAGAAACCGUGGAAAUGCGGGGAAUGUGGGAACAGUUACCCUUCCCCGUCUGCACUGGAGAUUCAUCGGCGUUUUCACACCGGCCAGAGACCGUACACUUGCACUCAGUGCGGGAAAGGUUUCACUCAGUCGCACCACCUCCUGAUACACCUCCGCGUUCACACUGGGGAGAAACCGUUCAUCUGUCCCGUGUGUGAGCAGGGCUUCAAUCAGUCACACCACUUGCUGUUGCACCAGCGGAUCCACAGCGGGGAGAAGCCGUUCUCCUGCUCUGUGUGCGGGAAGGCCUUCACCCGGUCAUACCACCUGCUGCUCCACUUCCGCGUCCACACUGGAGAGAAGCCUUUUACCUGCUCAGUGUGUGGCAAUGGCUUCUUCGAUUUAUCCACCCUGCGCAAACACGAGCGGGUCCAUACCAAAGAGCGGCCAUUCACCUGUUCAGUAUGUGGGAAAGGCUUCACCCAGUCGUCCAAUCUGCAGACCCACCAGCGGGUCCACACCGGGGAGAAGCCCUUCGCCUGCUCAGAAUGCGGGAAAGGCUUCACCCAGUUCUCCAACCUGCAGUCACACCAGCGGGUCCACACUGGGGAGAGGCCGUUCGCCUGCCCCGUGUGCGGGAAGGGCUUCGCUCAGACAUCAAACCUGCAGAAACACCAGCGGGUCCACACGGGGGAGAAGCCAUAUACCUGCUCCGAGUGUGGGAAGCGAUUCACUCAGUCGUCCAGCCUGGUGAAACACCAGCAACUUCACCAGUGAACACUGGGGAUGGAGCUUGCUGUUCUUGAUGUUGCUAAGAAUCACAUUCAAGAUUGUCCCUCGGACUUCCCGCACGGUUGAAUGUGUUACUUUCUGCUGGACUGGUCACUCUCACCCACUCUGCUUCCACAGGGGCCUGAUGCUGUUUGAGCCUGGGACUGCACCUUCCCUCUGAGACAAUCCACUGAUGCUGAUGAAGGAAUUUUUCUUUUCAUCCUGGUCAUUAAAUAGCGGUUAUUCAACCACUACAGGUAGAUCUAAAAUAAGUAGAUACAUUUCUGUCUGUGCCAUUGAGUCUCCAGCACAACCACACUACUUCUUGCUCAGGCGGAUCAGGAAAUUUGGCAUGUCCCCCAGCAUCUGCAGUCCUCACUAUCUCCUAUGUCCAUAAGGACCCUCACCAACUCCUACAGAUGCACCACAGAAAGCAGACUGUCCGGGUGCAUCACAGCUUGGUAUGGCAACUGCUCUGUCCAAGACAUUAAGAAACAACAGAAGGUUGUGUGCAUAGCCCAGACCAUCACGGAAGCCAACCUCCCAUCUACGGAUUCCACUUACACUUCUCGUUGUUGUGGAAAGGCUGCCUACAUCAUCAUAAACCCCUCCCACCCCGAUUAAUGACCUCUUCCAUCAGGCAGAAGAUACAAAAGCUUGAACACAUUUACCAACAGCUUCUUGCCUGCCGUUAUUAGACUGAUGGAUGGACUCUCUAACUUCAAAUAAUGCUGAUCUUCUCAAUAUUGACCUUGUCUAGCGCACGUCCUGUGAAAUGUGUGUGCCUUAAUCUGUCCAAGAUUUUUUUCAGCCUAUGGUCUAUUUGUCCUUACCUAGUAUGAUCUACCUGUACUUAGGUACACGUGACAAUAAAUCAAAUCAAUCAAUCAAUCAUUCAAUCUCAUGGCCAGGCCAGUUGGCUCAAUUGGGCUUUGUCAGUGAGUGUUGAGAAGAUUUGUAGCUCAGGUUGAGGUUCGGGGUGUAGGUUUGCUCGCUGAGCUGGGCGGUUCAUUUCCAGAUGUUUCGUCACCCUACUAGGUAACAUCUUUAGUAGGCCUCAGGCGAAGUACUGUACAUGAUUCCUGCUUUCUAUUUAUAUAUUUGGGUUUCUUUGGGUUGGCGAUGUCAU